AUGGGUAAAAAGAUAAAGAAGGAAGCUGAACCUCCUCCUAAGGAUGUGUUUGAUCCAUUAACAAUUGAAAGCAAAAAAGUAGCAACUGUGGUGUUAAUGCUUAAUUCUCCAGAAGAAGAAAUUUUGGCCAAAGCAUGUGAAGCCAUUUAUAAAUUUGCUUUAAAAGGUGAGGAAAACAAAGCAACGCUCCUUGAACUUGGAGCGGUGGAACCUUUAACUAAACUGCUCACCCACGAAGACAAAAUUGUAAGAAGAAAUGCCACUAUGAUAUUUGGAAUACUGGCUUCUAAUAAUGAUGUUAAAAAAUUGUUGAGAGAGUUAGAUGUCAUGAAUUCCGUUAUUGCUCAGCUCGCUCCAGAAGAAGAAGUAGUUAUCCAUGAGUUUGCUAGUCUUUGCCUAGCAAACAUGUCUGCAGAGUAUACCAGCAAAGUGCAAAUAUUUGAACACGGUGGAUUAGAGCCUCUCAUCAGACUGCUGAGCAGCCCAGACCCUGAUGUGAAGAAGAAUUCUAUCGAGUGCAUUUACAACUUGGUCCAGGAUUUUACGUGUCGAACUACACUUCCAGAACUAAAUGCAAUCCCUUCUAUAUUAGAGCUUUUGAAGUCAGAAUAUCCAAUUAUUCAGUUGUUGGCUCUCAAAACCUUAGGUGUUAUUACAAAUGAUAAGGAGUCACGAGCAAUGCUAAGAGACAAUCAAGGGAUGGACCACCUUAUUAAGAUUCUGGAAACUAAGGAAUUGAAUGACCUUCAUAUAGAAGCACUUUCGGUGAUAGCCAAUUGCCUUGAAGAUAUGGAUACUAUGGUGCUGAUUCAACAGACAGGGGGCCUUAAGAAGCUUUUAACAUUUGCAGAAAACUCUACAGUUCCUGAUAUUCAAAAGAAUGCAGCAAAAGCAAUCACUAAAGCAGCUUAUGAUCCUGAAAACAGGAAAUUUUUUCAUGAGCAAGAGGUUGAAAAAUGCCUUGUAACCCUUUUGGGCUCUGAAAGCGAUGGAACUAAAAUUGCUGCUUCCCAGGCUAUUUCAGUAAUGUGUGAGAGUUCAGGCAGCAAAGAAUUUUUCAAUCAUCAAGGGAUUCCACAGUUAGUUCAGUUGCUGAAAAGUGACAAUGAAGAGGUAAGGGAAGCUGCAGCCCUGGCCCUGGCUAACCUGACCACUUGCAAUCCCGCUAAUGCAAAUGCCGCUGCUGAAGCUGAUGCUAUCGAUCCCUUAAUAAACACCCUGUCCAGCAGGCGGGAUGGGGCCGUCGCCAACGCCGCCACCGUGCUGACGAACAUGGCCAUGCAGGAGGCCCUGCGCGUGAGCAUCCAGAGCCGCGAGGCCAUGGGCGCGCUCGGCGGCCCGCUGCGCUCCGCCAACAUGCUCGUGCAGAGCAGGGCCGCGCUCACCGUCGCUGCCAUCGCCUGCGACGCCGAGGCCCGCGCGGAGUUAAGAAAUUCAGGUGGAUUGGAGCCCCUCAUAGAGCUCCUGCGCUCCAAGAAUGAUGAAGUCAGAAGGCAUGCCAGCUGGGCCGUGAUGGUCUGUGCCAGCGACGAGCUGAUGGCCGCUGAAUUGUGCAGGCUCGGGGCUUUAGAUAUCCUUGAAGAAAUUAAUCUAUCAGUAAGUCGAAAAAAUAAAUUCAGUGAGGCAGCUUAUAACAAAUUGCUCAACAACAACCUGUCUCUGAAAUACAGCCAGACGGGCUACCUGUCAUCAAGUAACAUCAUUAGCGACGGCUUCUAUGACUAUGGCCGGAUAAAUCCUGGCACCAAACUUUGGCCUUUGAAGGAUCUCUGCUUACAAGAACCAAAUGAUCUACGUACUAUACUCUUGGUUAACAAUAGAUCUGAUGUUUCUCCACCUCCAUCUACAGAAGAUAAAUCCUCAGAGGUCGGUUAUGGGCGAAGUAUUUCUUCUUCAUCUUCUUUAAGAAGAUCAAGUAAAGAAAAGGCUAGUGCUGGAUUUGGAUCUCCCACAGAAGAUAAGUCAGAACCUACUUCUGGACGAAAUACCACUCUUAGCAAAAGCGCCAUGAAAGAAAAGGGAUCGAGGAAAAGCAGAGGUAAAAAAGAAGAGGAGAAACUGAAGGAGGAAGAAGAGGUUACGGCUGUGCUAAAAGGGGCCAGAGAAGGCAGCUCCGACAAAGAGUGGGCCCCGCCCUCCGACCCCGACUUCUGUGUGUAUGUGUAUGAAGUGACCAAGUCAAUACUCCCCAUAACCAACAUAAGGGAGCAGAUUGAGGCUCUUGCAAAGUAUGUGGCAGAAAAAAUGGGCGGUAAAAUUCCAAAAGAGAAACUACAGGAUUUCAGCUGGGAACUUCAUAUAAGUGAACUAAAAUUUCAACUUAAGUCCAAUGUUGUUCCAAUAGGACAAAUCAAAAAAGGAAUCUUUUACCAUCGAGCUUUGCUUUUCAAGGCUCUGGCUGAUAAAAUUGGCGUCGGCUGCUCUCUGGUCCGAGGGGAGUAUGGCAGAGCUUGGAAUGAGGUUAAGCUGAUGAAUGAAUCUCAGAAGGGAGUGACUGGGGGCCUCCCCCCUCCUGAAGUGUACAUCGUUGACCUCAUGUUCCAUCCGGGUGGGCUGAUGAAGCUAAAAAGUAAAGAAGCAGAUCUUUACAGAUUUCUCUAA